UCGAGCAGACGGCGAAGAGCCGCUAUCGCUGGUGGCUGUGACGCUCCCCCGAUCCGGCUUCAGACACCUCCAUCCGUCCGCGCGGCGCUGCACCUGCGAACAGCGCUGCCAUUGAAUACCAUGGCAAGGCAAGAAGGACGCAAAAAUAUUUAAACAGGCGCCUCUCCUCCAAAAGACAAGACGGGAGGCAGAAUGAGUGAAGAGGUGACAGUUUCUCCCAGCUGGCUGGCUCAAGAACCCACCUGGGGCAGCAGCGGCGCAGGAAGCAUAGAAAACAUCACCAUUGGAACAUACCCACCUGCGGUUGUCUUGCCGGCGAGGCCGCCUGCUGAGCUGUUGGUAAACCCAUGGGACAUCGUGCUGUGUUCAUCCGGCACCCUUAUAGCCUGCGAGAAUGCCCUGGUGGUUUUGGUCAUCUGGCAGAACCCAGCACUGCGUGCCCCAAUGUUUUUGCUGAUCGGCAGCCUAGCUCUAGCCGACUUAUUGGCUGGUUUAGGGUUAGUCCUGCACUUUACCUUUGCUUACCUGCUAAGAUCGGACUCGGCACAGCUGAUGACUGUAGGUCUGGUGGUGGCAUCCUUCUCAGCAUCUGUUUUUAGCCUGCUAGCUAUUACCAUCGACCGCUACCUGUCGCUAUACUACGCCCUCACCUACAACUCCGAGCGAACGGCCGUGUUCACAUACACCAUGCUGGUGCUUCUAUGGGGAGUUUCAUUAUGUUUGGGUUUGCUGCCGGUUACUGGUGUGAACUGCUUGGGCCAGGAGGAGAACUGCAGCGUGGUUUGGCCCCUAACAAAAAACAACAUAGCUGUUCUGUCCGUCUCCUUCCUUCUACUGUUCGGCCUCAUGCUUCAGCUCUACGUGCAGAUUUGUAAAAUCGUCAUGCGACAUGCGCACCAAAUCGCCCUACAACACCACUUUUUAGCUGCAAGUCCUCACUACGUCACGACGCGGAAAGGCGUAUCCACCCUGGCGAUCAUUCUGGGCACAUUCGCAGCUUGCUGGAUGCCGUUUACGGUUUACUCGCUCAUAGCCGAUUAUACGUACCCGCCCCUUUACACGUAUGCCACCCUGGUUCCUGCCACCUACAACUCGGUGAUCAACCCGGUAAUUUACGCCUUCCGCAAUCAAGAGAUCCAGAAAGCGUUGUGGCUGGUGUGCUGCGGAUGUAUCCCUGCCAGCGUGGCCCAGCGGGCACGGACCCCCAGCGACGUCUGAUGUGCCUAGGGAAUUACACAGGCCAGAUAUUCCCCCAAUCCCUGGGACGAGAAGGGGUGUCCGCGUCACCCAUUUAUGUCUUCCCCUAAUUGUUAUGUGACAACCACUGCCACAAAAUCUUUGCCUGAUCCCAAUCCAACCAGCUGCUACACCCUUUCCAAGAACAAAAGGGGCAGAAACGGAUGCUGUGUGGCAGGCAGCUGUAAAUAUCUUAUAUAUAUAUAUAUGCCUUUGCAUUUUUGUGCUUGUUGUGGCUUGGCCACAGUGACAGCCCCCCUGUUGCAUGGGCUGUGAGGGAGAUGGAAGAUGAGGGGCAGCACGAGGCAGUCCUCUUGACUGGAUCCUGAAGUUCAUUCAUCUCGUCCUGCUGUUGCUGCAUUCAAAAACGUGCGCUGAACGUUAAGUAACCGCGGUGUGCUAAAAAUAGACUAGGCGCUCGGUGAUCCGCGCCUUGCAUCCUCCGAAGAUACCGACCUGGAGAACGCACACAUGCGAGAGAGAGAGACAGACACGCUCUCUCUUCUGUUUGAUUUAAAUCUCAACCCAAGCGUGGCCGAAUGUAAAAUGUCCUCCAAAGCAGAAAACCAUGAAGAGCUAACUAAAAUCUCAGAAUGAGAACCACUCUAUAAAUAACCGAACCCAUCGAUGCCUUUAUUUUGGUUUAGAACAGAAGUCGAACUGUCUCUGCAUUCUCUUCCAUAAAUGAAAGCUACCAGUAGAAAGUGUGUGUAUGUUCAUUUAAACAGCCCCCUAUGAAUAGAGGCUCACUUCAAAGAACUGUUGAGUACAAAACGUGCAUUAAGUGGCUGGAAAUAAGAGGUUUGUUUAUAUGCAGCGACAUGGAGGAUGGAACCGAAUGUAUUUUCUAUUGAUUUGCUUUUAAUUUGCAUUCUCAUUGUCGCUCUGAAUAGAGCUCUGCUCCGUUUAUUAUGUUCAACUGGUAAUUGUUACUGGAUAUGGGAUAGCUGUCACAAUGGUCGUUCAUAGCAUUUUGCUUGAAAUUUACAUGUAUUGCAUUUGCAAAGAAUGAUGAUUUGGGCAUUACAUUAUAGAUAUAUUAAUUUGAGGUAUUUUGUUUGAAACAAACUCGAGUAAAGCUUUUCAUCCCAAAAUCAAAAGAAAAAUGAAUUAUACUUUGACAUUAUUUUCACAAAUACAAUUCAAAUGAUUUAUAUAACCCCCUCCCAAAAAAUCAAACAAAACAAAAGAAGCCUGAAAAAUUUGUAACAACUCCCACAAAAAUAUUAAGCAGCAGAACACUGUUUCAGCCGUUUUAAACAUGGCUAAUAUGACACAUAUAUGGGAAAGAUAUCUGAAAUAUAUUUUAUGAAUUAUAUAGUAGAUAUUAUGUAUAAUGUUAUAUAAUACAUAUGUAAUCAAAUUAUAUAAUUGGUUAUAUAAUUAUAUAAUGUUAGUUUUAUUAUAAUUAAUAGAUUCAUUAGGUUAGGGUGUAAAAAUGGACUUAUCUAUCAUGGAAGGCCAAAAUUAAAUAAUAUUCACAAAAUAAUAUGCUUCAUUGUCUUUAUGCAAAGUACAUUUUUUCUUUUGAUUUUGGGGUGUAAUAUGACCCGGACAAGAUUUCUUGAGAUUUCACACUUGAUAAAUGAUAUUCUAAAAUGAUGAAACUGUUCAAAGAUGUGCCAGCCAAGCUACACUUCCACUCUCACAUGAGCCUUCCGUAGAUUUACAUUCAACUUGAUUGUUAGUAAACUGGUGAAUCUCCUCAAACGGUCCACACGACACGAUUAUAAUAAUGAGAACAGCUGGCCUCUCAGACUUGGCAAAUGUCAGAUGAGGGAGAAUGUUAUCAAAUUUAUCUUCUCGUACUUUCAUCACAACUGAGGCUGGAGUCAUGCUACUAUAAUGAGCUGAAGUUCACCUAUGCUUUUUACCUUAUGCCCUCCAAAUGCCAACCAGCCACUAUCUAUUUCAGUGCUGUGGCAGAAUCCAUCAGCGAGCAAUAACUACGGAUCAAGCGUUUCACCAAAUUAUAGCAAUACUCUGGCAGCAAUAACAGCAGUGCCCAAGCAAAACCAAAACCUCAGCUAGCCGGAAAAAAAAAAAAACAUCCAUAAAAAACCCACCAAGAAAAUACGAGUGGAUUCCAAGAACGACUGACAACUGUACUUAUUUCAACAUCAUCCAAAUUUUAUUAGUGAAUUUGGGAUUAGAAAAAAAAGCAGAAACUGGACAGAUGUCCCAAUCCCUGUAAACAUGUCCAUAAUCUCACAGCCUCGUGUUCUCUCAUCCAGAAAGUGACUGUGCCCUGCCUGUGGUCAUUUACAAUAUCUAACUAUGAAUGAAAUCUCUCUGUACACUCAAUGUGACCUACUCUGCUGUAUGCAUUUGCUUUUGCGAACUUUAGAGAUGUUUAUAAUGUGUGAGGAACGUGAUGUGUAAGGUGUGACUGUCGGUGCAUGGCCGUGUGUGUGUGUGUGUGUGAAUGCAUGCAUAUAUGUUGGUCUCUCCAGGGACAAUGAUGUAGUUGGGGGUAAUAAUAUAUAUUCCCCAUAGACCUGCAUGGGCUAGAGUGGCUACCAGUCUUCCCAUUGCACCCUCUUUACAUCGUGCCUGCGGGUCGGACACACCCUCGUGACCUUUUUUGCCUGAGUGACCUCUAUACGAUUCCACUGAAACAGCACAUGAGUGGUAGGGAGGAGGUUUGCGAGUUUUAAUAGGGCUUAGCAUGGAGGCGAUGAUUGGUCUGUUGUGGGCCUCGUCUGAUCUUUGAGGAAUAACUUAUUUUGCUAUAUUCAUCGAAAAAGACUAUUUUUCCCCCUCAGUCUGGAUUCUUUCGGAAUUCCUGAGAUUUUAUUUAGUAUUCUGAUGCGCUGUACGGUCUCUUCUGAAUGUAUCGACAAAGGCAUUCUUAUCAUUACUAUGUCCAAUCAUCUUGAUCCUGUAAAUAAGGCAUGAUACUUUAAGGAGGCAUGAUGGUACCUAAUGUCAUAGAGUGAUGUGGUGAUGACGUUUUUUUGUAACCCUAAAGUUAGCAUCAUCCUGGUUUCCUUUGACAAAUACCAAUAGGAUUUUUCCAGUGGCUUUUGGAUUAUUGCAGAAAAUAAGCUCUGUGAUCGACAAAAAUCCUGAUAAUCAUCAUAAUAAUCUUUACAAAUGAAUUUAAGCCUAAACACAAUCACCAGAAGUAAAAAGAUGAACAUAAUCAGGUUACCCAGUUAACAUUUUUUGGUUCCCAGCACGUUCUGGCAACAUUAGUUUCUGGUUCCCAGAACAGAUAUUCUAAUGUUCUCUGUUGGUUAGCCAGGAAAGUUUUCUUUAUGUAAAUAAAAUGUUCCCUUUAGGUUAAGAGAACUUUCCCAGAACGUUCUUAUUUGGUUUCCUCAAAAAUAACCAAAAGGGAACCAUAUGGGAACGUUCUGUUUGCUGAGUAGACGCCAUGCUGAAUUUAACGCAGAAAACAAGGCUGUGACUUACAGUCUUUACAAUGGCACGCAUUGUAUAAAGGUCCCAGACCACCGACUUUUCACAGCUCACAACGUCUAAAACGGUUUUUAGUAGUUUUUUUCUUCGGAAAGAUGUUUCAUCAGCUGAACAGUCAGUGUGUUGACAACAGUACAAUCCACUGAACGCCCCACUUUAGCCCCUCACAGCCUUGUUUUCAUUUCUGUCAAAAUAUUAAAUGUAGAGCUACCCUGACUUGAGACUAGACUAGAAUUGUUUGCAAGAGUGCGAUUAUAAACCAUUUUAGGUGAACUGUAACGAACUUCGAGUAGAUGAGUUUACCUGUUUGGCGUGACGUCUUUAAAGCAACUGUAUGUAGCCUUAUCUUUGCAGCCCCCUACAGUUCAGUGAGUGGAACUCACGGUCGUAAAUAUAUCACUGUGGUAAUAACAGUAGCUGGCGGCACACGUGUAUUUGUUGCUGUCAUAAAGCAAUCCACCCUUUUCGCGAAUUUCGUACCGCUCCUCUAAAUAUACUCUUAGAACGGAUGUUUGACGUUUUAGAAGGAUUUUGAAACUGACUUUUCAAAGUCAAAAACAACAACAAACAACAUACAUACAGUUUCUUUAAUGUGCACUGAAAGUCCUAUUUAGCUACUUGUUAGUAACUAGGUUUUUCAAUACUUUAAAAGCUUUAAAACAUCACAAGAUAUUGAUGUAUUUUAUUUUGUAGUAUAAAACGUGAAAUAUCUUGAGCUUUCGUUAACCACAGACCUUAUUUCAGACAUUUAACCAAAAAACAUUGACAUGCUAAACCCUUAUUUCCGGUUAAGGCCUACAAAAAUACGUCAUCCCUGCAAUGCUCUAUUCUGAAACAGUUAACCUUGAGCCACAUUCCAGCAUCUCCUAUUGCCUGGGCAUGCUUGUCUACAGCUGAUUGAGAGUUAAUGCUCGAUGCACAGCCGUUUGGUCAGAAAUGACUGAGGGAUUAUCGCGGUGGUUUUUGAGGGUUAGGCCUCUGACUAAAACAUCAUAUCUCCUGUUUUUGAAAAGAGCUUUGUAAAAUUAUGUUAUCAUGCUUUGUGCCUAGUCUCUGAUGGAUUUUCCACAUGCAGAUGGACAUUUGGCAAUUGAAUCUUUGAUUUAAAUAGUAUCCAACUGUAGAUGAUUGUGCUCUGUAAUCCAAUGUAAGAGCUUGAAAAUGUCAAACUGGAGGGCGAAAAAGGGCUCGGAUGGGAGUCUGCCUCCGAUUCUGGUUUAUUUGAAGAACUCAAACGAAAAUCAUGUCUGAAUUGAUGUCUUGUGAGGAAACUUUAUACAUUUUACACUAAGAUUCAGACUUGUUCUGUACUUUAUUUAAUAACUAGAAACGAAAUCUUGAACAAUCUGAGGGGCAGUCGGGUGCAUCGGUUUCAGCAUCUUGUGUACACGUAUGCAUAGUUUUAACUGUGAAAUGCACUUUAUUUUUUUGAUGAGAAAAGGCACAACAAAAUUACUUAUCUGCAAAACAAUAUUAUUAGUAUUAUAAUCAACAUGCACUAAUUAACAUUGUAAGACAUUGUGUUAACGUGUUGUAUAUUUUUCCAAGGUGUUGGUUGUAUACUUUUGUUGCUUUGGUUAGUUUAAUGAACUGAGAGAUCUUGUUAAUUUUGUAUUAAAAAGAAUGUGCUGUGCAUUAAAAAUAUCCUCGCCUGGGUUUAUUCACACUCGCAC